AUGGGCGCUGCGCCGCCGCCUGAGUGGGUGGCCCAGAACACUCAGCGCGCAAUCCGGCAGUUGACCACCCUUGACACCGAAGUCGCGCGGCAAUACUGGUCUCGAGGAGUUCGAGAUGUUCUUAUUACUCUCCACGACGUCGUUGAGCUCCCAAGGGACCUUGUCGCUCUCAACCUCGGUGAGCCGGUGUCACACCAACCCUUCAUCAAGCACUUGCACCGACAAAGAGCCCGCGAGUAUGUGCAAAACCUUAGGAAAAUGUUGGAAACUGGAACCUCGCAGUUGCAGCUCCGUGGCAUUAUCCGCGCCCUUCAGCCGCAGGUCACGAUGGCAACUCCACCUCGAGACCCACCGAGCACAUUGAAUUCGGAAAUCCUUGCAAAUCUCUGGCCGUCCGAUGUGUUUGAAGUUGUCGACGUGUUCCAGUCCAUCUUCACUCCGAGGCUCCGUGACGACAUUACCUAUUUCGCGGUCGCGCUCGGCCGUUCGAGCGGAUCUCUGGACUAUUGUCUCUCCGCGCCUCUGCCACCCAGCGAAUUGAUUUCGCUUAAGGUGCAACGCGAGUGCGUUGAGGCAGCGCAGGCUAUGCUGCAGCAAGUCGACCAAGAGUUACUCGAACGCGGUUAUGUGGAUGUCCUACCUGGUUCCCUUUUCCAGAUCUCGGCCACGCCUUCGGCAAUGGUCGAGCAAGGGAUGACCAGUGGCAUGCCACUUCGCAUUGGCACUCUGGGUGUUGUGGUCUAA